AUGCUGAGUCCUUAUCUAUUCCAGAAAACCUUUUCCAUUCUCUUCAAAGAUUCCGACUCAACAGUGCGAUCAGAUGCCUUGAGGUGCUUUGUAACGUAUGUUAUUGAAAAUGACGAUGACGAUCGUUUAAUCAAAGAGUUAUCACCUUUGAUGCACCAGGUUGUAGAGGUAGUUUGUCGGUACACUUGUGUAAAUGAAGAUGGUGGAGAUGAUGCGCCACUGCAGUGCCUAGCGGAAUUAGAGUCUGUUGCUCCUAAACUUGUUAAUCCACAUAUGGCGGAGAUUCUGGAAAUGUGCGUAGGGUGCGUGCUAAAUACGGAGAAGGACGAGGCCUUCCGACAUUCCGCUACCGAAGUCCUCGCGACAAUCUGCGAAUGCUCAACUGCGGUGCUCAAGAAACGUCACGCUGCGACUAUUCCUUUCAUCUUAAAAGCUGUACUCCUACUUAUGACUCAUCUUACAACGGAACUGGAUGAGUGGCUUGAGGUUGAUGACAUUGAUGCCGAAGACGACGAGGAGUGGCUGUCAUCCGGACAUGUGGAAUUUCAAAAAAUCGCGCUUCAUUACUCACCAGAGUUAGCUGCUUAUUGUUCCAUUUCAGAGGACUGGCGCGAGCGUCACGUAGCUCUUAUGGGUUUCUCGGUAAUAGGCGAAGGUUGCCAACGAACGAUGGAGCCUCACAUUCAAGAUUACUUACGUGAAAUCGUGCCUUUCUUGAAUGACAAGGUAGUUCCAGCAUUGAUGAAUACAAUGAUGGAUGCUUCAUGCGCCCGCGUUUCUGCCCAUGCAGCUGCUGCUCUCAUCAAUUUUUGCGAGGAUUGCCCUAAACAGAUUAUCUCUGCCUACCUUCCUGCCAUCAUGACCGGUUUAGAGCAAUCUUUGGGAUGUGCAUUCCAAAGAUUGCAGACGGCUGGAAAGAAACUCUGCUGCGAACAGAUUACCACCGCCAUUGCAUCUGUAGCUGAUGCUGCGCAAGAUUUGUUCAUUGACUUCUAUGAUCGCCUCGUUCCUCAGCUGAAGUUCAUACUUGUAAACUCGACUGCUGAUGAGUACAAGGUUCUUCGAGGAAAGACAUUGGAGUCCCUCUCUCUUAUUGGAGUUGCUGUUGGAAAGGACAAGUUCCGUGAUGAUGCACUUGCUAUCAUGAAUCUACUGAAAGAUCAGAUGCCCACUUUGAGCUCCGAUGAUCCGCAGUGUUCGUAUAUGAUUUGUAGUUGGACCCGAAUAUGUAAGGUACUUGGAAAGGAGUUCGCCCCUUACCUGCCUCUUAUAAUGGGCACAGUUUUACAAACAGCUUCCUAUAAACCUGAGGUUGCUGUUGUUGAUGAGGAGUUUAUUCCAUACGUCGAUGAAGUAGCUAAGCUAUGUAUGGAUAAUCUGCGAUUCCUUUUUGUGGAUAGUGUUCGCUGUUCUGCUGCUGAAACGCUACCGUGGCUGUUGAAAUGUGUCAAAAGUCAGGGUCUUACUAAGGAAGAUGUGGAGAAGAUCACCGCUGUAAUCUCUGAUCAGUUGAAGGCGCACGAAGAAAGACGCUUAGAGGCUGAGGCUGAAGAAGUUGAGGAGGACGCCGAUGUGGACGACUUAAGGGAAAAACUUACAGACGAAGCGGAAAUGGAAGGCGAAGUUCUUGCUCGCAUCUCUGAUCUUAUCCAUAACAUGUUUGAAGUGCGUUUUAUGUGCUUAUUCCACUUAAUAGUUUGUACAGUCUACAUGGGCUUGAGAGCAUGCCUCCUUCUUCAGACGUUUGGUGAAGCAUUCUUUGAUUGUGUGGAGCCAUUGUUACCCAGUUUUGUGCAGUUGAUUGAUUUUCAUCGAGCCUAUCCUUCACGUCAGUAUGGUGUUUGCUAUAUCGAUGACUGCAUCGAAUUUGCACCAAGAGUGAGUUUGCAAUUUUCUAUCUUUAUGAGGCUCGCCAAAUAUCUCUUUAUUCUGCAAAAGAAGAUCUUCAUUCUUUGCAGACAAAGUUGUAUUGUAGAGUUUUUUGAGAGAUGUGCACGAUAUCAAGAUCAGUUUGUUCCUCUUAUGCUCAAAUGCCUUGCGGACGAUUAUCCGGAGGUUCGUCAAGCAGCUGCAUACGGGUUUGGUGUGAUGGGGAUGGUUGGCGGAGCAGAGUACUUGAACACAGUCACUACUGCCCUUGAGCCGCUUGCUGCUAUGGUGAACAGCCCGGAAGCCCGUCUUACAGAGGAGAGUUCUGGUGCUACCGACAACGGUAUCGCGGCAGUAGCGAAAAUAUUGAAAUAUUCCGGUGCCAACAUUGAUAUCACACAGGUAGUCCCCGCUUUCUUAUCCUGGUUGCCUACACAUGAAGAUGUAACAGAAGCCCCUCAUAUCUAUGGUUAUCUUGCUGACCUUAUUGAAUCUAAUCAUCCCGCUGUAUUAGGUGAUAACAACAGCAAUCUGCCACGAAUCGUUUUUAUCAUUGUGUCAGCAUUUUUACUCGAAGCGUUCCCACAAACUGAUGAAGGUACCGCAGUUGCUCAACGGCUACAACAUAUACUCAAGGUGCUUCACAACAACACGGAAAUGUUCGAAGCUGUCGUUCAGGCUGCCCAUCUAGAUGAAAAGAGGACCGAAACUUUGCGUGGCCUCAUCUCAUGA